UUUGUCUCUGGCAGCAAAGUGAGUCUGUCAGAUUCUGACUCCAGUAGACCCUCCGCCCCCGGGAGCUGGGGGUUUCGGUAGCCUUUUAACUUUCUAUCUCAGGAACCAGAAAGCAAAAGUUGGUGAAAGGCCAGGCAAGCCGCGAACGCCCAGCAAACUGCCCAGAGGCGAGGCCGGAGCUGGGGGAGGGCUCCGGCUCCUCACCUCCGGGGACUUCCAGGGUCUUCCUCGCCCCCCACCCCCUCCCCGCCUCGCCCCGAGGGCGUCACGUGGCGGCGUGGGCCCCGCCUCCGGUGACGUCACCGCGCUCGCAGCCGUCGCGCCGAAGAAAGGAUGCUCUAGGAUGCGGUGCAGGUGGGCGGCCGGGAUGCGCCAUGAGGCACUGCAGGUGUAACUAGCAUGGUCCAUGCGGGAGCAAUGAGUGGGUCUGGAAACCUGAUGGAUUUCCUCGACGAGCCGUUCCCUGACGUGGGGACAUACGAGGACUUCCACACCAUCGACUGGCUAAGGGAAAAGUCACGGGACACCGACAGACACAGAAAGAUAACCAGCAAAAGCAAGGAGUCCAUCUGGGAUUUCAUCAAGAGUUUGCUGGACGCCUGGUCGGGAUGGGUGGUGAUGCUGCUCAUCGGCCUGCUGGCGGGCACCUUGGCUGGGGUCAUCGAUCUCGCCGUCGACUGGAUGACCGACUUGAAGGAGGGGGUCUGCCUGUCUGCCUUCUGGUACAGCCACGAGCAGUGCUGCUGGACGUCCAACGAGACCACUUUUGAGGACAGGGACAAGUGUCCCCUGUGGCAGAAAUGGUCGGAGCUGCUGGUGAAUCAGUCGGAGGGCGCCAGCGCUUACAUUCUGAAUUACCUAAUGUACAUCCUGUGGGCAUUGCUGUUUGCGUUCUUGGCCGUCUCCCUGGUGCGCGUGUUUGCACCAUAUGCCUGCGGCUCGGGUAUACCAGAGAUCAAGACCAUCUUGAGUGGCUUCAUCAUCCGGGGCUACUUGGGGAAGUGGACCCUGCUCAUCAAGACCGUCACCCUGGUGCUGGUAGUGUCCUCGGGCCUGAGCCUUGGGAAGGAAGGGCCGCUGGUGCACGUGGCCUGUUGCUGUGGCAACUUCUUCAGCAGCCUUUUCUCCAAGUACAGCAAGAAUGAGGGCAAGAGGCGCGAGGUGCUCUCGGCUGCCGCCGCCGCCGGAGUCUCCGUGGCCUUUGGGGCUCCGAUAGGAGGUGUGCUCUUCAGCCUUGAGGAGGUCAGUUACUACUUCCCCCUGAAGACCUUGUGGAGGUCCUUUUUCGCGGCCCUGGUGGCGGCCUUCACGCUGCGAUCCAUCAACCCCUUUGGGAACAGCCGUCUCGUUCUCUUCUACGUGGAGUAUCACACGCCCUGGUACAUGGCCGAGCUCUUCCCCUUCAUCCUGCUGGGGGUGUUCGGGGGCUUGUGGGGGACGCUCUUCAUCCGCAGCAACAUCGCCUGGUGCCGGAGGCGCAAAACCACCAAGCUGGGGAAGUACCCGGUGCUGGAGGUCAUCGUGGUGACCGCCGUCACCGCCAUCAUCGCCUACCCCAACCCCUACACGCGCCGGAGCACGAGCGAGCUCAUUUCUGAGCUGUUCAAUGACUGCGGGGCCCUCGAGUCCUCCCAGCUCUGUGACUACAUCAACGACCCCAACAUGACACGGCCUGUGGACGACAUCCCGGACCGGCCGGCCGGGGUGGGGGUGUACACCGCCAUGUGGCAGCUGGCCCUGGCGCUGAUCUUCAAAAUCGUCAUUACCAUCUUUACGUUUGGCAUGAAGAUCCCGUCAGGUCUCUUCAUCCCCAGCAUGGCUGUGGGCGCCAUGGCAGGCAGGAUGGUGGGAAUCGGCGUGGAGCAGCUGGCUUACCAUCACCACGACUGGAUCGUCUUCAGGAACUGGUGCAGGCCCGGAGCGGACUGCGUCACCCCCGGCCUCUACGCCAUGGUGGGAGCAGCCGCCUGCCUAGGUGGCGUUACCAGGAUGACGGUGUCGUUGGUGGUCAUCAUGUUUGAAUUGACGGGAGGCCUAGAGUACAUUGUGCCCUUGAUGGCGGCGGCCGUGACCAGCAAGUGGGUGGCCGAUGCCUUUGGGAAAGAAGGCAUCUACGAGGCUCAUAUCCACUUAAAUGGGUACCCAUUUCUGGAUGUGAAGGACGAGUUCACGCAUCGCACGCUGGCCACCGACGUCAUGCGGCCACGGCGCGGAGAGCCGCCUCUGUCCGUGCUCACCCAGGACAGCAUGACCGUGGAGGACGUGGAGACGCUCAUCAAGGACACCGACUACAACGGCUUCCCUGUGGUGGUCUCCAGGGACUCCGAGCGCCUCAUUGGCUUUGCCCAGAGGAGGGAACUGAUUCUUGCAAUAAAGAAUGCCAGACAGAGGCAGGAGGGUAUCGUGAGCAACUCCAUCAUGUACUUCACGGAGGAGCCCCCCGAGCUGCCGGCCAACAGCCCGCACCCCCUGAAGCUGCGGCGCGUCCUCAACCUCAGCCCGUUCACCGUCACAGACCACACCCCCAUGGAGACGGUGGUGGACAUCUUCCGGAAACUGGGGCUCCGGCAGUGCCUGGUGACACGGAGCGGGAGACUUCUUGGCAUCAUCACGAAAAAGGAUGUUUUGAGACAUAUGGCCCAGAUGGCAAACCAGGACCCUGAAUCCAUCAUGUUUAAUUAGAAACAAGGUGGCAUCUAUUUUGAGAGAAACACAACUGUGUCAUUUUAAAAGAAAUAAACAAAUGCUAUGUUAUUAUCCUAAUGAACGAUUAUACGCCGGGGGCAGUGGAAACAAAAGCUUUGUUUGAAAGGAAGGAGGAGAAGACCUUUUUUUUAAAAAAAAAAAAAAAAAAAAAGACACCGACGAGCAGGCAUUUUAUAGCUUUAACCCCUUAAGAGUUUCUAGCUGUGUUUCUUAAUGAGUUUAUUAACUGCUGUGGGAGGCUGUGGGUGGGUGUAAACGAUGUGGUUUGUACAAGAACGUGGAACACAAAUGCCGCGUCAAGAAACGUUUGGCGCUUCUGUUUAAAUUUGAUGUUUGUGAAGCUUCGAGCCCAAAAAGCAAAGGGGUCAUGGCCUGUCAGCGUCUUUAUUUAUUGGUUCCCGGAGUUUUGCUGCUAUUUUACUGAAUCGGAUUAAAGAUAUUUGCACUUACUGUGUCGGAAGAGCAAAGGCAGUUCAAUUUGAACCGAGUGAAAGCUGCAAGGAGCCGGGGGGCUCACUCGGGACCACCCCGGGGUCCUGCUCCCGUCCUCAGCCGAGCGCUUGGCUUAUCCAUCAGGUUCUGAGCCAACAGCCGGGGGCUCCUGCUCUGGUGACUGUGAAGAAAUCAUUUCUCGGUGCAAGACCGGCCUCUCGGGACCGCACAGUGGCCUGCUCGAGUGUUCGGUGCCGCACGUCUUUCCUCCCGUACAAAGGGACCCGCCCCGAGUUUGAGGGUAUACGCACCUGCUCAUUGUUUCGCAUCCCUGUUGCAUGUGCCUCACUUGUUUAUUGCUGUUGCCUGUGCAUUCUUUAAUAUUGAUCAGUCCAGCACUUCCGUGGGCCACGUCCUAUAUGCUGCCAGCUUGCCGUCAGCGUGCUUUCAUUUCCAGAGAGCGUACGUGAGAGGCCAAGCAGGCUACCCAGUGUUACUACUUAUUUUUCCUCUCAGAUCUUAUUAAAUAUGGCUGCGGAGAGGGUGAGGCGUACGCAGUCUCAGUGGGAACUCCUCCAAAUGGAUUGCCAGAGAAAUACUAAAUUGAUUCUAAAUCUGUUCCAUUAUCUUCUCUGUAGGAUGCAAAACGUCCGGCUUUAAUGUCUGAGCGUGCACUUUCACGCUCGCCGUCCAAGCGCAGAAGGGCAGAGGUAAAUUGGAGGCAGCCGGUUUGAGCCCUGGGCAUCUUUGUAUUGAACUUGGCGGCGCAUUUAUCCCUUUAGUCAGGACUUCGCCCUUUCCUGUGAGAAGGAGCCAAGCUGCGGUUCCGGUCCGCUGUGGCCCCAGUGUGAGUCCCCACGCGCCCUUUCACGCGUGUCUCUGCUCCUCCCUUCCCAUCGAGUCGCCCUCACCCUUUGCGGUCUCGGCCUCGGAUACCGACGUGCCCCGUGUGGGUUUGGCUGCAAGUGAGAGAAAACUCCCACGAGCGGUGACGAGCUGAAUGAGAAACCUGGGGGUCGGGCCCUCUCGCGUCUCUCUAUGUCAUCAUCGGGGAGCCGCACUCUUUGCUGCUGUCUUCUGCCACCCUUGGGCCUUUGGCUCGCUGCUUCACAGUCACAGGCUGGUUUCCGAGCUGCAAGCCAGGCCAUCUGCCUCGUAGGCAGGAGGAGGGAGGAGGCACGUAGCAAGGUGUCCUGUGUCUGGGAAGCAGAACUUGCCCACGGGUGCCCAGCUCAUGUCCAUUGGCUGGAAUUCGGUCACAUGACCCCUCCUGGCUGCACGCGAGUGUGGGGAGAAGUUCUCGCAAGGCGUGUUACUCUCUGAAUGAACUUCGGAGUCUCCUAAUAAGGAAGAGGGGAUUGGUCCUUGGGAGGGAAGACCGUCCCCUGGAUUGGAUGCCAUCAUCGUAUCCCUGUCAUUGUCCUUCCUGUCCUCCUUACCCUCUUUCUUGCCAACCCCUCCAGAUCCUCUCCUCCUCGCCGUACGGUUUCCCACCCCUUCUCUCGGAUCUGACGAACUCCCAGUCGGAAGCCGUCAUUUCUCGGCCCUCGUAAAAAUGCUUGCUGUGCGUAAAAACCUUGCUACAAGCGGGUUUCUGUGAAACUUCUGGUCGAUAGGAAAAAAUGUACCGCUGUGUCCUCUGGGUUAAAAAAAGUUAAGUCAGAUCGUGCUGACAAACAGUGGAACAUUUGUUUCUGUGAUCGGUUGGCCUCCUUCCGAAUGAUAUUGAAUAGACUGGUGUGGAAACACCAGUCAGAGAGAAUCCGACCUUUGUGCCUCGUUCACGGCACGUAAGUAUCGAGUCACAGGUCCUAAUGUUAGUGUUGUUACUGGGGUCUCCAUGGAGAGUGUGCAAGCGACGCUGGGUUCUCCUGGGCUUGAAAUCCUACAGGGUCUUAAAGAUUGCUUCAUGUAGUUCCCGCUCACUCCCGCGUGGCCUCCCGAAAGAGUAUUAGUCAGAGCCUGGAUUUGUAUAAUCCAGAACGCCCUUUCAGCUAAAACAAGGAGCUUCAAAAGGGAACACGAAACCCUGAACAGAUGGCCAAAGGGCAGUGAAACCACAGAAUUCCUUCCUCCUCCAGAUGAGGCCAUGGAGGAACGAAGGGGUAGUUUGCUCCAGGCCAAGGUCACCCAGGGGGGCUGUGUUGUGUCCUCCUCCCCAGGGCUUAGCGUAGAAGAGGUCUGCAAAUCAUGGCAAACAGUUGAGAGCGUUACUUGACUCAAAUAGCCUUGCUUUCCUUCGUCAGUUGAACCUGGAAUUUGUCGUGGGGUUCAGGCUCUUGGCAACAGAAGGCCAUGGUCAGACAGGCAGGUGAAGGUCAAGGGCGGGAGAGUUUGCAGCGGGGCUACCAGAGCUGAUCGCCUUCCCCCCGUGGAGCCCUGAGUCCCCUGUGCGGUCCGCUCGCCCCCUGGCCCGGGCUCUCACACACACUCGAUGGGGAGCAGGCUUCUGAGCGCUCUGUCUGUCUGUCUUGUAAAAGUAACGCGGGUCGGGAUUCUGAAGGGAUUUGCUGUAGCCAAAUGUAGAACCUCGUCGACUCUAUCUGGCCAUCCGAUGAGCAGGAAGAGUAGAGCUGGGAUGUGGAAGUAAAAUAAACAUUUCUCACAAC